UUUUUGCAGUCUAGACCAACAUUUGCGGAUACCCCAGGUGCCAAUGGCACCCUCGCCCAAAAAGCAUCAACUUGGUUUACUUCUUACCAUCGACAUUUUGCGUAUGAGCUCUCUUUCACCCGAGAGAGAAUAGGAUUGCUUCGAUACGAUGUAAUGGUUAUAUUCCAAACUCUCAACAAUAUUGAGAAGCGGCUUUUGGAAACAGAAUAUGUGAAUUGGUUACUGGAUGGUCAAUUACGAUGUGCGUCAGAGGAACCGGGCGAGAGCAGUAAGACCUCUUGCAAAACGGUGGAGGAUCAGCUAGCAAAGUACAUAUAAUGCAGCUUUUCAAAAUGUAGAGAACAGCUGCCAUAGCAUUUUUUUUUAUCUUAUUACAAAAGUUAGGUCAAUAAAAUUUUGAAUCAACAUUACUUUUGCGACAUCACCUGAAUCAGAAAAUAGAAAGUAUGAGGGAGACGCCGUCGAAUCAGUUGACUGAUAUAGAGAAGCAGAACUUGGAUGAAAUCCCAGGCUCAGAACGACACUUUGUCAAUAUUCAUUUCUUUCAUGAAGCGAGCAUUAUGCUAGAUCUACCAAUAAAAACUGCAGCGACAGCAAUAAUAUACCAACAAAGGUUCAAGAAAUUCAUGGCGAGUCGAAGAAAGAAUCCAGUUGGAGAAUCUAACGACCAUGCUAUAAGCGUCAACCUCGCGCUGGAUCGCGAUGACGAGCUGCUAGCUACAACAUGCUUGCAUUUGGCUUGUAAGGCGACAGAGGUGGUUCGCAAAAUUCGAGAUGUUAUCAAUGUGUGCUAUAGACUUGUACAUCAAAGCGACAGUAUAUUGGAAAUUGAUGAAUAUUACUAUAGACUUCGAACCUCGUUAACAACUAGCGAAUUAAUACUCACCCGAGCCUUGGGAUACAAUUUGGAUGUGGAUCUACCUUUCGCCUUUGCUCUCAAAGUGCUAAAGGGAAUGGGAUGCGUUCCCAUUUUCAUGGAAGAUGAGAACGACCAACGCCUUUGGCAUACAGAUAUAUCACGGAAUGGCCGGUCGGCGAAUGAAGGACUCCCAGACAAGCAGGUCUUACAAAAUGCCAUUAGCCGAUAUUUUGAGGAGGACCUUGAUGUCGACCUUACAUUAGUAGCUCGGUUAACCUGGGUAUAUGUUUGGGAUAGCAUAUGCUAUCCAUCUAUUGCUCUCGAAUAUGACUCGUACUCUAUCGCCUUAGCUUGCAUUUAUUUGGCUGUUCGUUCAGCCGGAGCGUCACUGCCAAUGGAAUUAUUCCAGUGGGUUCGCUUUUGGGGAGAUGCUCAUAAUGUCACCAUUCAAUCUAUGAAAGGUCAGUAGAGUAACUAAUGUUAAACGUAUAAUAAUACUAUUUUCUCACAUUGACAAUUUCAUAUUAGCUGCUUUGACCACCAUCAUUACAGUGCUUAACCAUUUAC